AUGUGGUGGACCCCGACAAUCGGACAAGCCCAAAAUUCUUUGCCUUGGACUCAAAGGUAUGUCUUGAACAAAUACUGUAAAUUACCGGCCAGCCUUGACAUUGCCAAGGAAACAGUUGAAACAAAUCUUCGGCACUUUCAUCAAUUUGCAGAGUUCGUGCAGAUACCAGAUGGCCAAUUCACCAGGUUGAAGGGCUGGAAGAAGACUUGUUUGUUCGGGAAGGUGGAAAAAUACAGAUGGGCGCGGCCUGGGGAGGAAGAGGUUCUCACAGUGGUGAAGAACAUGGAGACAGUGCAUGUCGAGACAUGCAGAGAGUUGGCGGCAAAUGACCGCGUGGCCUGGGAAUUUGGGAUGGGUUCCCCCGAGGAUGCUAUGAAUGAGAUUGGCGUGUACAAGUAUUUCCGGGAACAGGAGAGAACUUGCCGAUAUGUGCUACAAAUGCACGGCAGCUUUCGAAGUGAGACCAGGACUUGGCUGGUUCUUGAAAACUGCGACGGUGGAGAUCUCUUCGACUGGGUGGAGCGACAGCGUGACGCGGGUCUGUUGAAUGAGCAGCAAAUCAAGCGCUAUGUUUGGCAAAUCCUGAAAGCUGUGGAUUUCCUACACUCACACAAUGUAGGCCACCGAGAUAUUUCCUUGGAGAAUUUGCUCUUGAGGAAUGGGGAGGUUCGCCUUAUGGACUUUGGCCAAGCGGUUCAGUUGCAAGAUAAAGAUGGACGGCCGUACCACUACUUUCGCAUGAGCGGUAAGGAUUACUACCGUGCACCCGAGUGCUACAUCCCUUCCUCCAACACCUGUCCCGGACUUCAAGUUCAGGCCAUGUGCCCAAACGGCUGGACACCUGGACGUGAGGUGCAGGUUAUGGGUGGAGGCUAUUUGUGCCUCGUGAGUUUUCCAGACAAUGCUGUCCCUGGCCAAAGCUCGGUGGCCAGCCUUUGUGGCUACACCGUGGCACCAGUGGAUGUCUUUGCCAUUGGUGUUGCCUUUUUUAUCCUGCAUGCGCAGGUUCAGCCAUGGAAGCAGGCCUUGUUAGCAAUUCCCAACUUUCGGUUUGUUUACCAGAACGGCGUGAAGGCUCUUCUGGAGGCAUUCAAGAAGCCACAUUCAAGAGACCUGUCUGACGAAGCGUCGGAUCUCCUCACUGGCAUGUUGCAUGUAUAUUCAGCGUACCGCUGGACAGUGCAGCAAUGCAUGGAAAGUGCCUGGUUUGCCGAUAUGGAGGAUGAUGCCUAG